CGACCCCGGCGGCUUCUUCGGCCCCGGGGCCGGUGGCUUCGGCAUCCCCGGCUUCGGCGGUGGGGCACCCUCGGUGGAGGCUACGGCUACGGCGUCGGCGGCCCCGCCGGGGGUUCCGGCGGGCACGGCGUCGUUCCGCCGUCCAUGGUGUGCUCGGAGAAGGGUCCCUGCUACAAGAAGAAGCUGACGUGUCCGUCCAAGUGCUUCACCUCUUUCACCAGCUCCGGCAAGGGAUACGGCGGCGGCGGUGGUGGCGGUGGGUGCACCUUUGACUGCAAGAAGAACUGCGUCGCCUACUGCUGAUUCCGUGAUUAACUUAACCUCCUCCUCGCCCUCUAUGCGGCCGUCCGCAUGCGUUGGAUCGUACAUCUUAUUUCCAAAAAAAAAAGUAUUAUUAUAUAUACUAUGUGCUAGUGUUUUUUUCUUACUUUUGUGAUGGUGUCUUAUGUAUGUGUGUAUGACAUGGUAUGAUAUGGUAUGGUAUGGUAUGUAUGGGAUAUAGAUGAAUAAAGAGAGGGCUUUACAUAGUUCGAUGGAUAGGGGGCUUUUGAGGGGUAAUUAGAUGCAUUUAUAACUGACUUGGUUUUAUUUGAGUCAUGGUAUGGUAUGUAUGGGAUAUCUCUCAUGUUUUGUUAAUAUUUGGUGAUGAUGGGCUUUCUA